UCGUAGAACAGUAUUUCAAAAGGCAGCGCGGUUUGCUCAUGGAUCUAUUCUUCUGUGAGUUUGCCCAUGAAUGAUGAAUGAACACUUCUAAUCGUGUCCUUAUUUCGGAUCAUUGGCUAAUACGGUCGAUCAAAUAUGGCUACAAAGAGAUUAGCGAAAGAACUGGGUUUACUGAGGCAACGCAGCAACAGCUCCUCUGGCUCCAAGAAACUGCUGUCAAAUCAGGUUUUCGCCUACAUCAUUGUCAUAGAUUUUGAGUCCACGUGUUGGAAGGAGAAGAACAACUAUGGCCAAGAGAUCAUUGAGUUCCCCGCGGUGCUGCUGAACACCUCCACAGGGGAGGUGGAGGCUGAGUUCCACUCUUAUGUCCAGCCUCAGGAACACCCCAUUCUGUCUGCCUUCUGCACAGAGCUCACAGGCAUCACACAGACUCAGGUGGAGGCUGGGGUCCCUCUUCAGAUCUGCCUGUCCCGCUUCAGUCGCUGGCUCCAGACUCUGCAGCAUCAGAAGGGCCUGGUGUUCUCACAACAGCACAGCACCGCGCAGCCCACAGAGGCUCCCAAACUCUGCACUUUCCUCACAUGGUCGGACUGGGACCUGGGCGUGUGUCUGCUCUAUGAAUGUAAACGCAAACAGAUCACCAGACCCUCAGCGCUCAACAGCUGGAUCGACCUGAGGAGCACCUACAGGCUCUUUUACAACAGAAAACCCAAAGGUCUGAACGGAGCUCUGCAGGAUUUGGGAAUACAGUUUGAAGGCCGGGAACACUCAGGGCUGGACGAUGCGCGGAACACGGCACAGUUAGCGGCGCGCAUGAUGAGAGAGGGCUGUGUGCUCAGAGUCACCCGCAGUCUGGACCGGAUUCCACUGGCUAAUGUCAAAGCACCACCUGAAACCAAGAAACCAGAUAAACAGAAUGAAGCAAAGGCCCAAGGAACAGCCACCAACAAACCCUCCUCCUCCUCCAGCUUUCUCAAACCCGCUUUACACCAUCCAAACUCCACUGUAAACUCAGCUACGAGCUCAGUCCAAAGUCUAGUCUCACCAAAGACCCUCCUCAAUGAAACAACCAUAUUAAGAGAACAGUGUCAGUCAACCAGAACUUCACCUAACCUGCCUUCAGUCACUGUCAAUAUGCCUUCACUCAGCUUAACUUCCAGUACGACAGGCUGCGUCCAAGUUCUGCACCAUUCUCAACCUUCCACCUCAGAAAGCGGUUUUGAGGAGCUGGUGGUGGAGAGCGAGGAGAGAUGCGGUUCCUAUGACGACGUGAUUUUGGACUCGGACAUUUCAGAAUUUGAAAGGGCAAGCUGUUCCUCUGAAGAAUCAGUCUAUGUAGCAAAAUCGAUUAUUAUUAAUUCAGCCACAAGUGAAAAUAUAGACAAUGCAAAUCAGGACAGUGGUUUGAAGCCAGCAGUCGAGACAUGUUUUGCUGUGCCAAAACCAGUUAGCAAACCCAAAUUUCUACAGAAGAAAUGUCAGACCCCCUAUAGACUUCUAGACAAAUCUGAAACCAGUUUUAGAGAUUUGUCCAGACCACAGGUUUUGGUUCCAAAUACUCCAGUAGUUCACAAACCUAAAACUUCACAAUCUUUCUCCAUCUACAGUGAAGAAAUCUGCUCCUCAACAUCACGUCCUUCUUUCUCCAAAAGCGUCCUGUCAAACCUGUCUGUGAACAGCUCCCUGAACACGCCCGGGGUUGGGGGGGUGAGAAAAGGAGAGGGUCGAAUCACCUCUCCGCUGUGUGCGUGUGGGCGCAGGGCCAAGAGGCAGACGGUGUCCAACGGAGGGCCCAACCAGGGGAGGACCUUCUUCUGCUGCCUCGGGAGACGUUCCGGGGGCGGGGACAGAGCGCAGAGGGGGUGUGGCUUCUUUAAGUGGGAGUCGGCGGUGCUUAACCGCAGCGGUGUGGGGACAUCUGUCUUUAUGUGUCACAUGAACACAAGUGUGAGCGGGCAGCGGCACACGAGUCUGAGGAAGAGCUUUUGGACUUGAACUUAAAUCACAAUAAAUAUAAUAACAAACUAUACAAAGCUCAGCAUGAGUAGACCCCACAACAAAAACUACUACAUCUACUGUACUUUGUAUGACCUGGUUUAUUUUUAAUGACUGCUUCAAAUCUUCUAGCUGUGGAAUGAACAAGUUGGCAAUAUUUGGCAACAUCAUUCUUUUUCCAUUUUCAGCAAUGACGUCUUUCAGAGACUGGAUGUUGGAUGGAGAGUGAUGCUCAACUUGUCUCUUCAGAAUUUCCAAUGAUGUUCAGUUGGGUUCAGAUCAGGUGACAGACUUGGCCACGGAAUCACUCUCACCCUGUUCCUCUUCAGAAAGCAGCAGUGGCCUUAGAUGUUUUUUUAGGAUCAAUAUCAUGUUGGAAAAGUGCACGACGACCAAUGGCAUGAAGUGAUGGAAACAUUUCCGCUUUCAGUUUAGAGCAAUACACUCAUACAGCCCCAGAUAAGGACAGUACCCUUCAUGUUUCACUGGAGGCACCUGCAUUUUUCUUUGUAUUCCUCACCUUUGCGACGCCAUACAGUGUUGAAGCCAUCAGCCCAAAAAGAUUGAUCUUGGUCUCAUCACUCCAGAGUACAGAGUCUCAGCAGCCAUCAUCUUUGUCAGCAUGGGUUUUGGAAAACUCUACACAGGCUUUUUUAUGACUGAGCUUUAGGAGAGGUUUCUUUUGAGGAAGACACCCAUGCAUGCCUUUCCUCCUCACUGUACAGCUCAUUAUGUCACUGGCAACCGUUGCCCCAGUUUGGCUUUCUACUUCCUUAGAUGAUUGAAGGGAACUUGCAUGCUGAUUUUCUUCAACCAUUCUCAUCAGAAGACGCUCCUGUUGAUGUGUUCACUUCCAUGGCCGACCUGGACGUCUCUGUGAGAUGGUUGCACUUCCAUCUUUCUAAGAACAUGGAGAAAAAUCCCGCACACCGUCUUACUUGCAAAUUGUGAGAUUUAUUAGGACAAACCGUGCAACGUUUCGGCACUAGGCCUUCGUCAGGCAAACAGAAUGAGUGCUCAGGUGGCCAUCUUAAAUAGGGUGUGGCAAGCACCCAAGGGUGACAGGUCAUAAAGAAACUGUAGCAAAACACCAUAAUUCACAGAACAAAGACAAUCAACAUACAGUGUAAUAAUAAUGAUACUACUACUACUAAUAAUAAUGAAAUAUUAAUCAGAGUACAAAAAUCAUAGAAUAAUAAUAGAAAAAUAAGAAGAAUAUCUGGAUACAUAUAGACAUAGUAUAUUUUCACCCAACUAUAAAGUAAUGCUGUCGUGCUACAUACACAUCUAUAUAUACAAUGGAUCUUAAAAUGUAGCCCAUAUAAAGCCCACCCAAAGCGAGAGACCUAAUGAUAAAACUAAUGCCUACCUCCAUCUUUCUAAAAUUUUUGAACCACUUUUGCAACACUGUUCUUACUAAUAAUAAGUAAGACUUUGCUGAUCUUCUUGUAGCCUUCACCUUUCUGGUGUAAAGAAAUCAUUUUCUUUCUCAGGACUUGUGUCAUUUCUUUUCCUUGUGCCAUUGCUGACAGCAGGAAAUGGGAAGGGCUUUGCUUUAAGUAACAUCUGUAUGUAGCCGACUGUCUGAUGGACACGUGUGGAAUGAGUCAUUAGACUGACCUGUGGCUGAUGCUUGUUCAAUUACACAUUUGGAGCCUAAAAUGGAGCUUUGCUCUGAGACUUUCAGUGGAGUGUACUCAUUUUUGCACCAACCUAAUUUGACUAAACUUGAAAAUUAUGUAAAAGUGAUAUUAUUAACCUUAGUUUUUUGUCCUAAGUUCAACAGAUGCUGUAUUAAACUUAGUGUGUGCACAUUUUGCAAAUAUUAUUAUUUAUGCAAAAGAUAAAGAACCUGAUAUAAGUUUUAAAAUUUUGGCCAGAUUUACAGUGUACUUUGGUGCAGGACUACACUACAAUUUAUUAAGCCAAUGAAGUUCAUUUUGUCUUAUGUAGUUUAUUUAUUGUAUGUACAGUAUACAGUUGAAAUAGAUCCCUAAUUAUGUGACGUCACAAUGAACAUCUUGACUUCAAACUCUAAUAUAAAGAAAA